GCCACGCUGGCCUCCCCAGCCCCCGCCCUGCCCCCGGACCCAGAGCCAGAGCCAGAGCCCGGCCCGGCCAGCCGAGAGGAGGAGCAGUAUGUGAGCCUACCUGAGCCACCCACCCCACCACCACCAUGCAGGGACGCUGAGACCCUCACUGAUGUGUGUAACACUGCUGACCUACCGGAAGUUGAGAUCAUCAGUCUGUUGGAGGAGCAGCUGCCGGUGUAUCGGUUACGCGCCGACACCGUCUUCGGUUACGACCAUGACGACUGGCUACACACACCGCUACUGUCACCAGACGCACGCAUCGACCUGACCACAGAACAGAUCGAGGAGACGCUCAAAUACUUCUUGCUAUGUGCAGACAGAGUGGGCCAGAUGACGAAGACCUACAAUGACAUCGAUGCUGUCACACGUCUGCUGGAGGAGAAAGAGAGGGACCUGGAGUUGGCUGCUCGGAUCGGCCAAUCACUGCUCAAGAAGAACAGAACGCUCACAGAGCAGAAUGACUACCUGGAGGUACAAGUGGGACACAUCACAGAGGAGGUGGCCCAGCUGCAUCAUGAGUUGAACCUGAAGGAUGAGUUGCUGCAGUUCUACACCAAUGCAUCAGAGGAGAGUGAAGAGGACUCUACUACUGGCUCACCCACGAGUAAGCGGAGUAAGCUGCUGGGUGUGUCAGGAUUUGGAGCUGACUCUAUGCAGAGGAAAGUCAGAGAGCUGGAGGAAGAGAACCUAUCCCUCCGCUCAGAGGCCUGUAAUCUGAAGACUGAGACUGAGACCUACGAGGAGAAGGAACAACAGCUGGUCAACGACUGCGUUAAAGAACUCAGACAGUCCAGUCUGCAGAUAAACACCAUAGCGGAGGAGUUGGCUCGUAAGACAGAGGACGCCAUGCGACAGCAGGAGGAGAUCACACACCUGCUCUCUCAAAUAGUUGACCUACAGAAGAAAGCCAAGUCGUACGCAGUGGAGAAUGAGGAGCUCUCUCAGCACCUAGGGGCAGCUAAAGAUGCCCAGAGACAACUCACAGUCGAGCUAACAGAUUUGGAUGAUAAAUAUUCAGAGUGUAUUGAGAUGCUCCAUGAGGCUCAGGAAGAGCUGAAGUACCUGAGGAACAGAAACCAUCCUGCUGGAACACCACGCAGAUUCCAUCCUCUGGGUCUCUACCCCAUGGACUCCCUGGCAGCAGAGAUAGAGGGGACGAUGAGGAAGGAGAUGAGUCUGGACGACCCUGAGUGCGAGGAACAGAAGGUGCACCACAAGCGUGUGUUUGAGACAGUGAAGAACAUCAACCAGAUGGUCCGACAGCGUUCUCCAAUCCCGUCCAACGCCAACAUCCCGGGAUCCAAUCAGGCGUCGUCUCUUAGCUCCGCUCACUCUAGUGGCAGGACCACACCCAUGACUGGUAGCAUUAGCUGGGAUGUCAGAGGUGACGGUGUCACCCUUGACAACCGACAACAGAGCAUGCUCAUGGAGUCAGCAGCAGACAGUCAGGACAGUGUGGACGCCCGUGCUAAGAAAGCAGCUGGUGUUGAGGACCUGAGGCUGGCGUUACGCCGCCUGUCCCUGCGCCGCCAGAACAACCUGAGCGAGAGACGCUUCUUUGAGGAGGAGAGAGGGAGGAGGAGGAGAGGUGGAGGAGGAGUUGCGCAGGAUGGGGGGGGGCAGGGGGGUGGGAUGACACCCUCAGAUAGCAUCAUGUCUCUGGGGUCAUUACACCUGUGGGCCUCCCGACCAUACCUCCCCGACAAACUACAGAUCGUUAAACCCCUGGAAGGCUCUGCGACCCUUCACCACUGGCAGCAGUUGGCUCAGCCCCACUUAGGAGUGAUCUUGGAUGCUAGACCUGGGGUUGUACCUAAAGGCUUCAGGCCUCUGGAACUAGAGCUGGAACAGGUGUAUCCAUGGGGUGGUUUCGAGGAGGAUGAACCAGGAGAGCAGUACUUCCAGAGUCUCCCCACCUCCUCAGCCUCUGCCUCCCCCGCACUCCCCCCUCAGCCUCACCCUCCUUACCCCUCUGCCCCCUCCAGCCACCUCGCCUCACCCUCAGCCCCCUCUCCCUCCCCUCACCUAAGCAACACUGAUCCUGCAGCGGUGUACUACCCAGGUAAAUGCAUGGCCCAUACCAGCUCUACCUACACCUUUACUACCUGUCGUAUCCUACACCCAACUGAUGAGCUGACCCGCGUCACACCCAGUGUUAACCCCGGCAUGUCCUCAUCAUCCUGUGUGAUGACAUCAUCUAUCCUGGCCACUCCCGCUGCCACGCCCUGCCAUACACCCCGCAGGAUGAGUCUACUACGACCCUCUGAGUCCUCUACCAACCUCAGGGAAGCCACACGUACCACCAGUACCUCUCUGGGAUUAGUGCGCCUUCUGCAGGAGAGAGGCAUCUCUGCAGCCAUGUACCACCACCAGACCCAGGGCUGGGACAGGGCUGGCGGGCCCGGGGUGGGGAGCGGAGGGGUGCUGUUCAGUACCUCCAUCACCCCUAACCUCCACCCAGCCCCCCACCCCGACUCCCUCCGCCCCUCCACUCCCCCCAACUCCCCCACAGGACACGACCCCCCAUCCUCGGGGACCAACACCCCCGCGGGCUUCGACUUCAAGUCUCCUUCCUAUGACAACUUCCUGGCCUCCAAGCCGGCACGGUCCAUUCUGAAGGAAGUAGCGGGGGGGAUGGGGAGCAGCCGGAGCAGGAGGCAGCAGAGGGGGAGAGAUUGUGAGAGCCAGACAGAUGUUAGCGUCACAGUUCAUAACCUCAACCUGGUGGACAAGGUGAGGCGCCUGGGUGUGGCUGGGUGUCCUCCAGGACCAGGGGGUGUAACCGGGGGACCAAGUCCCCUCCUGGGGCCUCUGGGUGGGCUACGGAGGCCCGGGUCGCCCUUUGGACCAGAGGGGAUGAGGAGGAACAGGAGUUAUCCAGCUAUGCCUGCCUACCUGCUGUCCUGUACCUGCCUGACUCUGACCUGGUUUAUGAACCCCUGCCUGCUCUCGACCUGCCUUUUCCCGUCCCCCUUUGUUAUAAUAAAUAUUGUGUGAAUCUUA